AUGACCUGUGUCGCCCUCUCCGCCGACCCUCCACAUCGAGUCCGCCCCGGGAGAGCUUCCCAGAGGGCCCUCAACCUCUUUCCGGUAUCGAAUCCCGCCUUGGACGACGUCCCGUCCGGGUGCCGGCUCCAGGUGGCAGAAGCCUCGGCGCUGGCCGACCUGUGGACUUGGUGUAGGGACCCGUGCCCCCCGGCCUGGUCAUGUUCCAGCUCCUCUCGUUCUAGACGGCUUCUGAGGGCCACACGGAGCGGGCCUGUGGCUCCCGAGGCCCCCAAACUGGUGGCUCCUGACGUCCCCACUCGGGGCCGUUACCCCAGGGCUGGGCUAGGCCUCCACCUGCUGAUUCUCCUUUCCCGAGGGCGCCCAGCCCUGCCCAGACCACCGCAGGGCCCCAGGGGUGGGGAGUGGGGGGUGGGGGACGGGUCUGGGCUACUGCAAAGGGGAGCUCCUAGAGCGCCUCCAGGGGGUGACCCGAGGGUGUUUGGUAUUAGUGAAUUGUCUUCUGGGCGGCCGGAGGCUUUUUCUGCGCUGGCUCCCAUCCCCGGACUGGGGAGGGGGUGGCUAGACAAUGGCCUCUCCCUGGAAGGCCCCUCUCUGCACGCCCUUCCCCUGGUGGCGUCGGUGCAGGCCUGCGGGCUCCCUGUGCCCAGUGCCAGGUUCCCAGCAGUGUCCACGCCGGUGGAGCCCCAUGACUCUAGGGCCUCCCCUGCUCGGUCUGCCGGGCCCCAGGUGGGGCGGCUGUGUGCACCUGGCCCUCCUUUCUGGCCCUGCCUUAGGGGCCGCCCUCUCUGGCUCACACCCCUGCACGGGCCCCACCGGGGUCUCCACCUCCUGCUUUUGCCAGGAGAACCUUCCAGCAAGCAAUCUGGCUCUCUCUGCACCGCCCAAAGCCCCUCCAAGGCACCCCUUUCCUCGCGCCCCCCUGCAAGACCCCAGGCGGCCCACCACAUCCCCUGCCACGCCCUUCUUUUGGCGUUUACCCUAUACCUACCCCCACUCUAGGUCCACCCACCCGUCUGUUGGGAGCUGGGUCCUGUGCAGCUGCCACUGCAGACUGCCCCAUCCUCCCCCUCUCUAGGGCCUAGAUGGGGAUGUCCCCAUCUCAGGGCACCCAGCACAGUCUCUUGUUCCAAAGGGAUUGCCCCUUUCUAGAGCAGGGGUUCAGGAUUCUGGAGGGGAUGGAAUGUCCUUGUUCGGCGAGGCUGUCCCUGACCCCCCCAGCCUAGCCGCCCCUCAUCCUAGUCGCCCUCUGUCAGUACCCUGUUCCAGCUUUCCUCCUGGUCCACUGCUGUCUGAAAUUACCUGCUGUUAAUGUCUGCUUUCUCCCCCUCCUCCCCCAGACUAAGGUUUCUCAGGGCAGGGAUUUUUUUCUGUCCUGUUCCCUGCUCUGUCCCCAGUCCUGGGACCCAGGCCAGGCCCAUAAUAGAGGAAUGGCGAGUGUUUGUUGAUUGACUAACAGAUUCCCUAAGGGCAGGGGCCUUUAUCAAGUUAAUCCCCAGAAAAGUAUGGGGGCACAAAGGAGGCAGGGAGGAAGACAGGAAGACAAGACGGAAGACAAGACCAAAGACGUAGUGACGGAGCACAUGAAUAUGGUGAUCGGGUUUUAGAAAUUCUUUACAUUUGUGAAACGUUUGGUUUUCUGGCUUUUUCUGCCCCUUCCAGAUGUCAUUUGGGAGGGUUGAGGUUUGCUGCAACAGGGUCGGGUCAGCUGGGUCUGGGCUCUCCUCGCCACUUUCUAAGGGGCUCCCAGGACCCCCAAAAGGAGAGAUGAGCCCCAAGAUAAUCCUGCAACCACCAACUGAGCGCCCGCCUCCCCCCUGUGGCACACUGCAGUUCUCAGAGCCAGGUGCUCUGGGGAGCUCCGUCUGCAACAGGCUGGCGUGUGGUGUCAGGGCUAAUAUUUUAUGCAUGGAACUGACUAAAUGGGGACAUUUGGAGAUGAAAAUUGCUGUUAAUGCAUCCACACAUCUUUGGAAUAUAUUAAAUGUUUGUAGGGGGCGGGAGGCGACAUUAGCCUUAUUUAAUAGCUCCAAUGUAACCAUCUCCACACCCCAGCUUGAAUAGCCCGGGUGCCCCACAGGCUGCCACUCGGGGGAAGCGUUGGGUGGAUCAGCCACCGCUUGAGAAUUAUGCAUGAGACAAAAUGUCAGCCCGGGGUACCAGGCAUUCAGCGGCAUAUGUUCCAAACUCAUUGUAGACCCAAAGACAGUGACCCCAUGCUGCUAGGGGCAGAAUUUCAUUAAAAGCCAAAUUACUGGUUUAUCUAUUGUUUGAGCAGAAGAGAGAAUAAACAAAGGGCCAAAUGAAAAUGUCUGUCCCCACAGCGGCUGGGAUGACAGUCGCUGUGGACCCUCAAACCAGAGGGUCAGUGACUUGGGCUCAUCUCCAAGGUGUUGUGUUAAUCCAGUCAUGGGUCUGAGCCCAUGGGGUGCGGACUGUCUCCUGGGGCCCGCGUGGGCAAGGACCCUGGCUCCCCCCAUCACGUCUCCUGGACACAAUUCAAUGAGCCACUUUGAAAACUGAGGCGCUUUAGUGCGUCUGGACCUAUAGUCUCCUCGCCUUACCAUUUUAAGGGGGGUUAAGCAGGGAAAUACUAGCCGCCCUGAAUAAGCUUCAGCCCCCACCUGUCCAUCAGCUCUAGGGUGUUUGCUCGUUGCACCCCCCCCCCCCAGCCUGUGUGGGAAGCAGCCUCUGUUUUUACAGUAAGGAUGUGAGGCACAGAGAGGUGGAGAGACUCCUUCGAGACCACCCAGCAGGCACUCUGCCUGCUGAGAGCCACAGAGCUCUAGAACAGUCCCCCGCCCAAAUUCUCUCUGCAUGACAAGGUAGGCCUCCUCUUCCGAACACUCAGCUUGCCAUACUUUCAAUGGGAUUUUCCCUGCACCCACCUGGCAUCUCUCCAAUUGGGUGCCCACCCCACGACAUGGGAUGCUUGCAGCUGGGUACGGUCCCCAUGGACCCUGGCUCCUGUCUGGCCCAGGGAGAGGACUGCUUGCUCUGUCAGGAGCCCCAGGGCCCAGGGGAGAGCUAAGGACCAAGGACCCACUUUGACUUGUGCCUUUCGCUACCACCCUGGAGGGCAUUUGAGGGUUGUGUGCAAGUCUAGUCAGGACAGCUGGUGAGCAAGAGUGGGGAGCUCAGGCCAAGCUUUCUGGUCUCGACGGGGCAGGCCAGGCACCAGCCCUGCUCCCCCAGCCUCCGCCUUGCCCUGCUCGGCCCCCGCCCUUGUGUGCAUCCCACCCUGCACAACUCAGGGACUGGUCCGGUCCUGGAAGCACCAUCACAUGUCAGGGCUGAAUGGGCUCCCCGAGUGCAUUCCCUCUUGUCCCCUCGCCCCACCCCUUCUGCUCACAUCCGCACACAGGUAAGGAACCUGAGGUCCAAGAGCCUGGCAUGCUUUGCCACGGCUUUUCUUUUGAGUGUUGUCUCAAAGUUCAGGGUCAGGACCCAUCUCUGGCAAAUAAGUAAUUUCCUUCUUUGCAAAACUGGGGUGACCCUAGCACCCCAAGCCUGCAGGAACCCCAAGCAGGAUUCAAUACCUCAAUGCCCAUGGGGGGAGUGAGGCUGCUACCCUGCCACAGAGCUUCUAGAAGCCAGGCCCUUGACCCUGCAGUGUCGGCCUUGCUCAGCUAAUGCCUGGAUCGAGGCUGGCCGCAGACACUGGUGCAGAGAAGGUGGGCAACACGCGAGCGUGUCCUGAAGUCAGAUCUCUUCACUGCCGGGAAGAAGCACACAGGAGGGGCUGGGAGGACGUCUGUGGAAUGAAUGAAUAAAAGGGUGCUCUUUGAGGGAAUAAAGAAGCAGAGAGAAAAAGAAGAAUCUGGGGAAGAUGGACGUAAAUCUCCACCAAGCGCCGCCAAGGUUUUGCAGCCAAGGCGGCUGACGAGACCCCGCGGAGGCAGAGGGGCCGGUUGUCACGGCGGGGGGGGGGGGGGGUGCAGGGGUGGGAUGGAGGAAGCAGGAAGCAGGGGUGGGAUGGAGGCUCGUUCAUCAUUUUCCCAUCAUCCCUGUGAUGGGAGCCCGCGCCUGCACAGCUGCACUUGCCCGCCCGGCGGCCGAGUGUGGGGUUGGGCGUGGGGAGGGACCCCAAGGAAAGGCAUGCCCGGCAGGUGAGCCAGCGGCUGCGGGGCAGGUCCCAAAUCCCCGGCGUGGCAGCAGAGAGGACAGGAGUCACUCCAGGCCACCUGACCAGUCACAGGGCAGGACUUUGGGGCCAUUAUGGCUGCUGGACCCAAAUGGUGCAUGAUGGGACAUCUCAAAGCCCACCUCGUGUCCUUGGUGUGUGAUGGUUGCUUUUAUACCUUGAAGUCCCAGUGCCAUUCCUGUGCUCAUGCUGUGCCCCUACCUGGAAUGCCUGUCCUUCCUUAUCGUUAAAGGCCCAGUUUCACUGCCACCUCCUACAGGAAGCCUUCCCUCAUGUACCCCUACCCCCAACACACAUACACAGAGCCUCAACCUGCAGUCAGAUAUCAGUCCCCUGAUUCUUCGGUCUACAGGUCGCCAGCUCUGCCGGGACAGGGGCUGUUUUGGUUUGGUCAUUGUGGGGCCCAUGUACCCCACAGGACCUAGCCCAGGGAAGCUGUCCUGGGAUGCUUGUUGACUUUGUCUUCCCUUGGCAGACACACGGGACGGGGCAUUCGGCAGGUGCCCAGUACAUGGAGCCUUUGGUUGAUUGCAGCCAUGAGCCAAGGGCUGGGCCAGAGGUAAUCCCACCAGACCACUUCUGCCUGGAGAGAUGUGGACUGUGAGCCGGGGAGCCCGGUCUGACCCUAGAGGCAUUCCUUGGGUCAGGGGUCUCUGCUGUCGGUGAACCCACCUGGAGCGUCAGCGUCUUCCUCCCCAGGCUCAUCUGCCUCACAGGACUCCCAGAAGGUCCUGCUCUUGGAGAAGGCUGAUGGCACCCAUGCCCUGGGGGACAGACGGACAGACGCACAGUCCUGCUGGACCAGCGCCCUCUCCUGCCACCCCCAGGAAGAAGGGGAGGCUGUGCACUCCCCACCCUUUAAAGGACCCUGAGUGGGUACGGGGGGGGGGGGGCGGGGGGCAGAUCCAUCAGGGGACAGGCCUGCAGUGUGGACUGGGGAGGACCAUGUGGGCCUGCAGAGGACUCUGAGUGGCAAUGAACUCAAACCAAAGAGCCAAAGACCCCAGCCCCAUCCCCGCGGAGGGGCUCAGGAAUUCCUGCUCUUCCUUUGCAAACACUUGGCAUGUCGUUGGGCUAUUUGAAUAAUAAAUACACAUUAUAAAAAUCUAAAUACGUUUGUGUA